GGGAGAGAAACCUCACAUUCUAUUCUUCAUCUCCUCUGUUUGUUUGCCUCCUCCACUUCAGCCGCCGCCGCUCCUACUCGUGCUGCCGUAGCCACCGCCUUCUCUCUUCUUCUAUUGUUCUUUUGCUCCUCCGCCAAUUUGCUGCAAGAUUAUAUAAGGCAGAGUUUGUUUCAGAAUAUCACUGUUGGGCAUCGUCUUUAAAAUACCUAGCCCUACUACUGUGUAAAAGAUGCCUCUUCAACUUUUUGAUGGAAGUGACUCAGACAAUGACGACAUCUCAAAAAUCAAAAUAAAUGAAGAAUAUGCUCGUAGGUUUGAGCACAACAAGAGGCGGGAGGAGCUUCAACGUUACGAGGAGCUAAAAAAGAAGGGUGCUAUCUCUUCCUUGACAUCCUCAGGUUCUGAAAGUGGCGAGGAAUCUGAGUCGGAGUCAUCUGAUGAUGAUGUUGACUAUGAGAAACUAUUAAGUUCUAGAAGGAGAGACAAGGAGUUCUUUGAUGCCCUACUCAAAGUGAAGAAGCAGGAUCCUUCUCUUAAGCAGAAAGAUGUUAAGCUUUUUGUGUCAGAUGAUAGCAGUGAAGAUGAAGAUGAGAAAAAUAAAGCAAAAGAUAAGAAGAAUGAAAAGCCAAUGUAUCUAAAGGAUGUGAUGGCAAAACAUUUGAUUGAGGAGGGACCAGAUUUUGGUGAUGAAGACGGGGAAGUAAUAAAAAAGGACAAGGGUAAAUCAGAAAGUACUAAAGGCAAGAAGGAUAAACUGGCAAAGAAGUUGAUGCCGGAGGAGUCAGGUUUUGUGAAUAAAGAUGGGAAGACUUAUGGUGAUGAGCAAGAGGAGUUGAAAAGAGCUGUUUUGGAAGCUGUAGAAAGAGAGGGUUUGGAAGAUGAAGGGGAUUUUUUCACUGUGAAGGAGAAGGUGGAUGAGGACAAAGUAGACAGUGAUGACAAGGAAUUUGAGGAGAAACUGGAUGAAUAUUUUGGUGACGAAUCGAAUGAAAAUGCUAAGUUCUUGAAAAACUAUUUCAUGAACAAAAUGUGGAUUGAUAAAAACAGGGAUAAUUUGAAUGUUGGGGAGGAAGAAUUGGAAGGGAUCUCAGAGGAUGAGAUGGAGAUCGAGAGGCAGGAAGAAUAUGAGUAUAGGUUUCAAGAAAAUCAGGAAGAUAGGGUGUUGGGCCAUGCUCGUAACGUGGAAGGAUCAGUGAGAAAGAAAACAAAUACAAGGAAAGAGCAGAGAAAGAGCAAAGAGGAAAGAAUGGCAAUAGCUCAGAAGGAGAGGGAGGAGGAGUUGAAGCAUUUAAAGAACUUGAAGAAGCAGGAGAUACAGGAGAAGGUUAAGAAGAUAAUGAGCACUGCAGGCAUCCAUGAGGAUGAAAUUAUCCCGCUUUCAGCGGAAGAAAUAGAAGAUGAAUUUGACCCAGAGGAGUAUGAUAGAAUGAUGAAGGCAGCAUUUGAUGAGAAAUAUUAUAAUGCUGAGGAUGCUGAUCCUGGUUUUGGUAGUGAGAAUGAUGAUGACAUGGAAAAGCCAGAUUUUGAAAAGGAGGAUGAACUGCUUGGACUUCCUAAAGGCUGGGAUUCUACUGAAUCACAUGAUGGAUUUUUGGCUGCCAGGGAGAGAGUAUUAAAGGAAAAAAAGGAGAAUGAUAGUGAUAGUGAUAGUGAGAGUAAGAGUGAUCACCAAGAAAGUGAAGAUGAAAAAGAAGAGAAAGUUCCAGCGGAAGGUAGUCGGAAGAGGAAGCGCAAAACUGCUCUUUUGGAGAAAGCAAAACAAGCAAUGAUGGAUGAGUACUAUAAGUUAGAUUAUGAGGACACAAUUGGUGACCUCAAGACAAGAUUCAAGUAUGCCAAAACAAAACCAAACAGAUUUGGCAUGAGUGCUCCAGAGCUACUAUUGAUGGAUGACACGGAAUUGAAUCAAUAUGUGUCCUUGAAAAAGCUUGCACCAUAUCGCGAUGAGGAAUGGAAGCUAAGCAAACAAAAGAGACAUAUGCUGAAGAUGAGGACCAAGGAGCUCCUUCGUGAAGCAGGUUCGAAGAAGAAGAAGAACAAGAAGUCAAAGAGAGAUUCUAGCAAGUCAACUUUGUCAAAUGGUGUUGUGGAAAAUGGAAAAGCAAGCACAGAGGAUUCAAACGUAAAUGCGGAAAAUAAUCUUUCAAGGAAAGCCAGGAGAAGGCAGCGAGCAUCUAGUUUGAAGUUGUCACGGGCGAGGGCUUUAGCAUACGGGAAGAUACCCUCCAAAUCUAAGCAUGGAGGAAAGAACUAAGCCGGCACUGAUUUGGGCAGAAUGAACCAACUUAACAAAGAAACCGGAUUGGAGCUUGUCAUUACAAAAUACAUGGUCUGGUUGCAGUAUAGCCGAGAUGCUGUGUGUUGAAGUUCUUUGUCUAUUUUCACGUUUCCUUCGUUGAGGAGAUUGUAGAAUUUUCCUACUAUAACCAAACUUUCAGUGUAACCAGCCAUUCAGUUUUGAUCGCGAGUUGUGCUUGUGUUAA